AUGAGAUCCCUGAAACACCUUAAACAUCACUCAAGGAACAAUGUGGAGGAGGAGAGUGGCCGCUUGGUGCGGACAUACCCAAAGAUGACUGAGGGCCAAGUGGAUGUGGGCACACAGACGGAGCCUGUGGUCGUGCUAUCUCUGGCUCAGGCUGCCGUUCUUGGCCUCAUCUCCCAGAAUGAAAUAUUUGGGGCGACUAUUGCUCCUAAUGGCUUUUACACAGGGGAGCCCAGAGAAUGCCCCCCUCCACCACCAGAGUCAGUGGAGUAUGAGUAUGCUGACCAGCUGAUAGGGGCCAAUGGGGACUACCUGCCUGAGCCUGCUGGGGAGCUAGAGCCGCAACCCCACUGCAGUGAGAGAAGACGGCCCGGGCCCCGUGGGAGAACCAAAAGGCCCAGGAUUGAUGGGGAAUUAGAGGGUCAUCCGCACAAUGUACCCAGUCCACAGCCUCAGGUUAAAGGUGAAAGACUUGACUCUGAUACCCCUCCUUCGUGUAUUCACAUGAACAGCAGGGGUAGUCCCGGCAAGUCAGAUGAUCCAGUCAUCCAGCAAGGUACUCUGAAAGAGGAGCAAGCCUGUGGAAACUGUCCUUCAUGUGUGAGAGACACAUCCAGGCCACAAACAGAUGGACAGCCAGAGGCUGAACAAGAUGAAAGCUCUGGUAGGGAAAGAGUGAGGAAAGAAGAAGAGUUAGUAGUAGAGGAAGAAGAAGAGGAGGAGGAGGCACUGAACCUUAAGACCACCGGAGAAACAAGCAGUCCUGUGGAGAAUCGUUAUUAUGAUUCUAGUGAGGUGGCCUAUGAGUCUGCAGAUAUGGCAAUGCCAACAGAGUAUGAGGAGAACAACCAAGCCAUGCUGUGGUCAGACCCAGAGGGUCUCGCAAGACGAAUGCAGAUUGACCGACUGGACAUCAACGUGCAGAUCGAUGAGUCUUACUGCGUAGACGUAGGCGAGGGCUUGAAGCGCUGGAAGUGCCGCAUGUGCGAGAAGUCAUACACAUCCAAAUACAACCUAGUAACACAUAUCUUGGGCCACAAUGGAAUUAAGCCUCAUGAAUGUAUACACUGCGGAAAGCUUUUCAAGCAGCCAAGUCACCUCCAGACUCACCUGCUCACGCACCAGGGAACUCGACCGCACAAGUGUACCGUCUGUGAGAAGGCCUUCACGCAGACGAGCCACCUGAAGAGGCACAUGCUGCAACAUUCAGACGUGAAACCCUACAGCUGUCGUUUCUGCGGCCGUGGCUUUGCCUACCCCAGUGAACUGAGGACCCACGAGAACAAACACGAGAACGGCCAGUGCCAUGUCUGCACUCAGUGCGGCCUCGAGUUUCCAACCUAUGCGCACCUGAAGCGUCACCUGACCAGCCAUCAGGGACCCACGACGUACCAGUGCACAGAGUGCAACAAGUCCUUCGCCUACCGCAGCCAGCUGCAGAACCACUUGAUGAAGCACCAGAACGUGCGGCCUUACGUUUGCCCCGAGUGCGGCAUGGAGUUCGUCCAGAUCCACCACCUCCGACAGCACGCUCUCACUCACAAGGUACUGGCAGCGCACGCCCUUCCACUUAAGGGCAUGAAAGAAUUCAAGUGUGAUGUCUGUGCCAGAGAAUUCACCCUGUCUGCCAACCUGAAGAGACACAUGUUGAUCCACGCCAGCGUGAGGCCCUUCCAGUGCCAUGUCUGCUUCAAGACCUUUGUCCAGAAGCAGACCCUGAAAACGCAUAUGAUUGUCCACCUGCCGGUGAAGCCUUUCAAAUGCAAGGUAUGCGGGAAGUCGUUUAACAGAAUGUACAACCUCCUCGGCCACAUGCAUCUCCACGCUGGCAGCAAGCCCUUCAAGUGCCCUUACUGCACCAGCAAGUUCAACCUGAAGGGCAACCUGAGUCGACACAUGAAAGUCAAACACGGCAUCAUGGACGCCACGAUAGAUGGACACGAGCCCCCCCAAGAGACAGAAGGCCAGGAGGACUACGAAGAGGAGAGCUUUGAAUUCAGUGAGCGAGAAAACCGGGCCAACAACACCAACACACCUGACAUCUCUAAACUCUCUCAAAUGGAGUAUUACAGCACCUUCGGAAAGGGCGCCGGACGCUUCAACACUGCGUGAAUUAUUAAAAAUGACCCAAAAUUGAAUAUAGGUGUGACCUAAUGAAAAUAGGAUUGCUUUUUGUUUUGUUUUAUUUUGUUUUUUUGCUGUUAAAGGCAAAGUGCUUGGGCUCCUCUUCAAGGACGUGAAGAAGCCUAGCAAAACUGCACAUCAGUAUGCACUGGAAUCUAAAAAAAAUAUAUACUUUUUUAAUCUAAUUACAUAUUUUUCAUCUCUAAAACGUUUAAAAAUAAUUACAGAUAAAUAUAUUUGAAGGAAAUGGACAGCCUAAAAUAGGAGCAAAGGAUUUAAAAAUAUAUAUAUAUAUCUACACACAUUUGUAUAUGUUGUGAGUUGUUUAACAACAGUUAAACAUCAUCUGAGCUCAAUUUGAAAAGCACAAGCUUAGCUACAGGUAUAGGUGCAUAUGUUGAUGUCUCACUGCACGUCCUCAUUCAGACAAUCCCGGUCCCCCUCUCUGUGGUCAGCUCAUGGGUUAAAGAAGGAAACAGGUGUUGCUGUUCAUUUCACUUGCCAAAGCUAAUAAAGUUGCAGAACUUAA